AUGGAACUAGCUAGGCGUGGAGUAAUGGAGAAUGGGGGAGAUGAGGAGAUGGAUGUUGAAACUCCUGUAUCGGAGCAACGUUUCUAUCCUUCGCAUCCGGGUUUGGUGAAGAAGAGAGCUUAUAUAUUUGAUGGUUUGGGGAAUUUUUAUAACAAGGAAUGGGAUCUGGCGGACCUUUAUCAGAAAGAAGAAAAGGAAUCGGAUGUGGAGGAAGGACGGGGGAAUGAGUUUUCUUGGUAUCAUGUGGAACUUCCGAAAGGGAAUCAGAAGUUGGCGCAAUCUGCACAGGAUUUGAUUGGUGUUCUAUGUCCGCCUUUGAAGCUACAGGAUAUUCUUUCGCUUAUUAGCAAUGGGCCGUUUUGUGCACAUGUGGACGGUGCACUUGUGUUUCGGGUUAAUUCGCCUGGUCCUCCUUCUAGUGAUUUUACAUUUAGACUUGCUGCUAGAGUUACUGAGAAUUCGGUUAUUACAGUGUCGUUAGGGCGUGUUCCUCGGCUAGGUUUCUCGCGUAUGGGGGAGUCUUUACUUUCGGAAGUUCCUAGUGUUGAAAGCUCCCCUCAGUUUAAUGGUCAGCGGAAGGAAGGAAGUGGGACUGUGAUUAAGGAGCAUGUUCUUGAAUUCUUGUUGACUAUGAAUCAUUCUGAGGAAGCUGACAAUCCUGUUCCUAGAUCUGUCUCAAAUCUCGUUGUGCACAUAGUUGAUACACAUGUCGAUCAGCUUCAAGAUCUUGUGACAAAGCUUGAGAUGGAGUUGGACUCUGUGGAGCUUGAUCUUGAUAAAGGUGGUUAUACUCUGAAGAAACAAAUGCUAGAUGAUAGAAGAUUCCCCAAACUACAUAUUAAUUUGCAGCGGCUCCUGCAGGUUAUUGCCCAUGGAGAACAAGUGUAUCUUCGUGUUAAAGAAAAAUCCUCUUCGAAAAGAUGGUUUGCGAAUGAAGACAUUAACUCCCUUGAAGAACUAAUUGGAAGGUUGAGAAGGCUAAAGGAGAAUGUAGGGUUUAUAGUUAAUCGUGUCACGGCAAUACAGGCUGGUCUUGACAGCUGGCAGUCGGAGCAAAUAAACCGUAAACUAUACUAUCUCUCGUUCCUAUCAAUAAUUUUCCUCCCGCUGUCCAUCAUAACAGGAGUUUUUGGCAUGAAUGUUGGAGGUGUUCCAUGGACAGGUCAAAAUGCCCCGGAGCUAAAGGAUGGUUUCCGCAAUGUCAUGUUAGUCUGUGUCGCUAUGCUUGUUCUUGUACUACUUUGCUUCAUUUUCCCGGCUCUUUAUAUGCGUAUAGCUGCUUUUUGGCGAGAGAAGACAACUCUUGGAAGACACUGGUCAAUUAACAGGAAGUCAUUGCUGAGGAGACCGUUAAGAAUAGAAGAUGCAGCGAGAGGAGGUUACCUUCGGAUUUAA